GGGCACGCGCCCGCCAAGAUGGCAGGGGCCGGGGCCCAGCUGUCAGGCGCCGCCGCCGCAGCCCGUCCCCGCAGCUAGCGGCCCGGACGCCCGCCCCGAGAAGAUGCGCCCCCGCUGCCCCCCGCAGCCCAGCGAGACGCGGAGCCGUCGCGCCCGGGGCCGGCUCCCCCGCUAACGCCCCGCGCCCCGCGCCGCGCCCCCCGGCCCCGCGCGCCCGCCCUGGCAGCGACAAUGAGUGAACAGAGUAUCUGCCAAGCCCGGGCUUCCGUGAUGGUCUACGAUGACACCAGUAAGAAAUGGGUACCAAUCAAAGCUGGCCAGCAGGGAUUCAGCAGGAUCAACAUCUACCACAACACUGCCAGCAACACCUUCAGAGUCGUUGGGGUCAAGCUUCAGGAUCAGCAGGUUGUGAUCAAUUAUUCAAUCGUGAAAGGGCUGAAGUACAAUCAGGCAACGCCGACUUUCCACCAGUGGCGAGAUGCCCGCCAGGUAUACGGCUUAAACUUCGCGAGUAAGGAAGAGGCGACCACGUUCUCCAAUGCCAUGCUGUUUGCCCUGAACAUCAUGAAUUCCCAGGAAGGAGGCCCCUCCACCCAGCGUCAGGUGCAGAAUGGCCCCUCUCCUGACGAGAUGGACAUCCAGAGAAGACAAGUGAUGGAGCAGACCCAGCACCAGCAACAGCGUCAGGAGUCUCUAGAGAGAAGAACCUCAGCCACAGGACCCAUCCUCCCACCGGGGCACCCCUCGUCUGCAGCCAGCGCCCCCCUCUCCUGUAGUGGGCCCCCACCCCCGCCUCCGCCCCCUGUCCCGCCUCCACCCGCAGGGGCCACUCCGCCUCCCCCACCCCCACUGCCAGCCGGAGGAGCUCAGGGCGCCAGCCACGACGAGAGCUCCGUGUCAGGACUGGCCGCUGCCUUGGCUGGGGCCAAGCUGAGGAGAGUCCAGCGGCCAGAAGAUGCGUCCGGAGGCUCCAGCCCCAGCGGGACCUCUAAGUCUGACGCCAACCGAGCGAGCAGUGGGGGUGGAGGAGGAGGCCUCAUGGAAGAAAUGAACAAGCUGCUGGCCAAGAGGAGAAAAGCAGCCUCCCAGACAGACAAGCCGGCUGAUAAAAAGGAAGAUGAGAGCCAAACGGAAGAGCUGAGCACCUCUCCAUCUCCGGGGACCCGAGCAGCCAGCCAGCCACCCAACUCCUCAGAGGCUGGCCGGAAGCCCUGGGAGCGGAGCAACUCGGUGGAGAAACCCGUGUCCUCAUUACUGUCCAGAACCCCGUCUGUGGCAAAGAGCCCCGAAGCUAAGAGCCCCCUUCAGGCGCAGCCUCACUCUAGGAUGAAGCCGGUGGGGGGCGUGAAUGACGUGGCCCUGGAUGCCUUAGAUUUGGAUCGGAUGAAACAGGAGAUCCUCGAGGAGGUGGUGCGAGAGCUCCACAAAGUGAAGGAGGAGAUCAUCGACGCCAUCAGGCAGGAGCUGAGUGGGAUCAGCACCUCAUAGUGCCCUCGGCCCCCGCUGCCACCGCCGCCGACAGAGACCCCAGGCCACCCGCCGGCGGGGACACAGCGAGGAGCCCAGCCGCCGGCCCCAGGCCUCCUGCGCCCGCGAGUGCUCACCGACGCUGGGAGGUGCUCCAGUUACGAGUGUUAACGCGUGAUAGAGUAUCAAAAUGAGGAAACAAGUUCCAAUUUCUGGAUUUUUUUAGAUUCUACCUGACACAGCACCGGUCUACUCGCCUUUUUUGUAUUUUAUAUUUGCCUAUUUAAGUGUACAUUUCUUUGGUUUAUAGAGGACUCCCCAGAUCACACGCUUCAUUAGAUGGUUUCCGAGUUUUCUCCUAGGUGAUGCGGUCAGCGGCGAGCGGUCCCCAGCGUCGUGGUGGUUGAAGUCUGUCCACGCACCGCGGUGUCUGUGUCCACGUGCUAAUAAACGCUUACUGUCCACA